AGCAACGCCGGAUCGUUAACCCACUGAGCAAGGGCAGGGACUGAACCCGCAAACUCAUGGUUCCUAGUCGGAUUCGUUAACCACUGCGCCAUGACGGGAACUCCCCCCAGAGUGGUCUUAAAAACCGAGAUGAUUUCUACUGUUCCCUCUUUUUUUUAAGCAGCUUCCAGAUGGUUUUAAAGGGUGUGGAAAACUGCCUCCCUAGACUCACCCAAGACUAGCCACUUUAGAAAAUGUACUCUCCUCCCCAAAACCCGCCCCCACAUAGGCAUGGUUUUUCUUUGGGGCAAACCUGCUCCUUGGGAAGGGAGGUGGCAAAACCUGUUUGAAAGUGAGGUUACCUCCCUUCAACCCCUCCCUCCUCGGAGGCAAGAGCAACAAUAGCUGAGACAGAGAAGGGUACAGAAGUUUGGGGGAGCUGGGACAUCCAGCUCCUCAACCACGCCAAGCGUUUAAAGAAGACAGGAAGUCUUGUGAAGAUGGGAACUCUACAAGAGGCAGGAGAAAAGACAUUGGAUCUUGGGGUCAGGGAAAAUGCAGAAACAGCGGUGCCAGAAGCAUCCUUGAGACUUGGGGGGCUGGAGCUGCAGGAAGAAUGGCAGGAUGAAGAAUUCCCUAGAUUGCUUCCUGAAGAGGCUGACCCUUCUGAAGAUCCUGAGAACCCUAAAGGAGACUCACAGACGGCCCCAGGUACCCCCAGCACCUUAGCCCUGUGUGGCCAGCGCCCCAUGCGUAAGCGUCUGACUGCCCCAGAGUUGCAGCUGAAUCUGACAGAAGGGCCUGGAGAUAAUGGAGCUUCUUCCACCCACUCUGUACCUUCCUCUCCUGAUGGCAGUUCUGACCUGGAGGUAGACGAAUUGGAGACACCUUCAGACUCGGAGCAGCUGGACAGCGGACACGAAUUUGAAUGGGAAGAUGACCUGCCCCGGGCAGAGGAUCCAGGGGCCAGUGAGGCAGCUGAAAGGCUGGGCAGAGGUUGUGUGUGGGAUGUGGCUGGAGAAGAUGGUCAUCACUGGAGGGUGUUCCGAACAGGACAGCGGGAGCAGCGAGUGGACAUGACUGUCAUUGAGCCCUACAAGAAAGUCUUAUCUCAUGGAGGCUACCAUGGUGAUGGCCUCAAUGCUGUCAUCCUCUUUGCUUCCUGUUAUUUACCCAGAAGCAGCAUCCCCAACUACACCUAUGUCAUGGAACACUUGUUUAGGUACAUGGUGGGAACUCUGGAGCUGCUGGUGGCUGAAAAUUAUCUGCUUGUUCACUUGAGUGGAGGCACAAAUAGGGCCCAAGUCCCACCUCUGAGCUGGCUACGCCAAUGUUACCAUACCCUGGAUGGGCGGCUCCGGAAGAACCUGCGCGCCCUGGUGGUUGUCCACGCUACAUGGUAUGUGAAGGCAUUCCUGGCACUGCUUCGACCCUUCAUCAGUUCCAAGUUCACACGAAAGAUCCGUUUUCUGAACAGCCUUGGAGAGCUGGCCCAACUCAUCUCCAUGGAUCAGGUCCACAUCCCAGAAGCUGUCAGACAGCUGGACCAGGAUCUCCAUGGCUCAGGAGGGACCUAGUGUAGGACUGGAAUAAAGAGCCUUAGGACCAAGCAAAGAUAUUGCUCUGCCUACACCCUGACCCCUGAAACAGCUGAACUGGUUUUGUAAAUCAUCUCAUCC